ACUUCCUGUUGUGGUUUUGCGGAAGCUUUGGUACCAACAAAAGACAAUAUUUACCCUUAAAUUUCGGAGGUGGGAUAUUUUAAUGAUGUGAAUAAUAUACAUGACACUACCAUGAUGUUACAUAUCGGGGUAGAAAGUCGAUGGUAGCAGGGGAAAGGCCUAACUAUGUUGUUGACGUGAAGGUCACAAGCGCCGACACCUGCCGUAGCUUCAGGAGCAUUUCAGAAAAAUAGUCGAUCUUUUCAAUCAUGGUUUCAUGAUGUUUAUUUUGUACUUGAUUAAGCAACAGUAGGAAUGUUUCCUGCAACAGGAUCAGAGAAUCUCUUCGAAGAAAAUGUGGCGAAAUGGAAAGGCAUAUUCGUUAGUGCGUUGCAAGGGGUCCACCAGCAGGUGCACCCGUCCCUUGUGGCAAAGGACGAUGCCUUGGACUACAUCGAGAGCCUCAUUCUGAAUCUUCUGGUCACGCUGUGUGUGUCGCACCCGCACACAGUACAGGAUAUCAUUGACCGAGUCAACAAGACCUUUCCAGACCCGAUUGACAAAUGGGCUAUACGCGACGCAAACAGCGCCUUGGAGAAAGGACGAAAAAACACCCCACUCGUCCUCCCAGUAGAUAAAAUCCACACCCUUCUUAUGAAGGAGGCUCUGGGGUACAGGAUCGAGUUCCAGGUAACCCUUUACAUCGUAGCUGUACUGGAAUACAUAGCUGCUGACAUACUCAAGCUGACGGGGAACUACGUGAGAAAUAUCAAGCAUGCCGAGAUUACAUCUCAGGACAUCAAGGUGGCCAUUUGUGCUGACCAGGUACUUAUGGACAUGUUCUCCCAAGAGGAAGACGUGUCACUUCCUGUUGUGGAGGAACCAAUCAAAACAGAGUCACUGAAGUAUGAGGAUAUUGUCAAAGACUUUAUCCAUGAGGAGACCCAAUACAUGAGAGACUUGAACAUGAUCAUCAAGGUCUUCAGAGCUCAAUUUGUCAGGCACUUUCCAAGGAGCAAGGAUUUGGAAGUGAUAUUUAGCAACAUACUGGACAUCUACGAGUUCACGGCCAACCUGCUCAGUUCAGUAGAGGAGCAGGUGGAAAUGGCUGCAGAGAAGGACCUCCCACUUGUGGGAAUCUGUUUCUUAGAUAUGGCAGAGGAGGAAGCUUUUAAUGUGUAUGAGAAGUAUGUGGAUGACAUGCUGGCUCCACAUGGGAAGGAACGACUAUAUACCCUGUUACAGAGGGAAGAUCUCAACGCUACUCUACAGAAUGAAGGUCAUGGGUUUAAGGAUGCAAUGAAGUAUGUGCUACCCAAGCUAUUGCUGGGACCCAUAUACCACUGCCUGCACUACUUUGAAGUCAUCAAGGCCCUUAUAAGCACAAGUCCAAACGAGGAAGACCAGGAGAGUCUAGAACAGGCCAGCGGACUCCUUACCUUCCUCAAGGCUAUGUUGGAGCGCAAGUUCUCCGGAAACCUGCCAAAGAAGAAACCCUGGGAGACGUCACUCCGACUCCAGGGUAAGACUGGUCGUCAAGCUGUUGUACAAAAAAUGUCCGAUCUCCAGAAAAGUAUAGAUGGCUGGGAAGGCAAGGACAUCUGGCAAAGCUGUAGUGAAUUCAUCCUGGAGGGAGUUCUGAGCAAGCAGGUAAGGGGCAGACCCACAGAGCGCCAUGUCUUCCUUUUUGAUGGCCUGAUCAUCAUGUGUAAACAAAACAUGAGACGCACAUCCGUCACCAGUGCUUCUGGAGACUUCAAACUGAAAGAAAAGUUCCUGAUCAGGAAGAUCGAGAUCCGAGACCGGGAAGACACAGAGGAGUGUAAGCACUGCUUUGAGAUCCAGAUGCGCGACCACACCAACAAUGGGGUUGUACUGACUUCUAAGACAGCAGAGGAGAAGGCCAACUGGAUGGCUGCUCUCAUCUCAUUACAAACAAGAAGUAUGUUAGAGAGACGACUAGACAGUAUCAUUCGUGACGAGGAAAAGCUUCAGCCUCUCAAGCUACCUCCCCCUGAAAUAUACAGAUUUUCUGUGGAGGAUUCGCAAGAGAAUAUUGUGUUUGAGGACCGACGUCAGCUACCCAUUGAGAGCCCUCUCAUUAAAGGGGGCCUGCUUCUGAAGCUGGUGGAGAGACUGACCUAUCACAUGUAUGCUGACCCCAAGUUUGUCAAGACAUUCCUCACCACCUACCGAUCUUUCUGUAAACCUCAAGAACUUCUGGAACUUCUCAAAGCUAGGUUUGACAUACCAGAGUUUCCCUUAAAAUCUCAGACAGAACUACCAGAGCAAGAGAGCCAGCAAGCUCGUGAAGACCUGAAGAGGUUUCGCAAGGAGUAUAUCAAACCAGUGCAAUUUCGAGUGGUGAAUGUGUUGCGACACUGGGUGGAUCACCACUACUACGACUUCGAGCGGGACAUGUCGCUGCUCUACAAUCUCAAGGAGUUCCUUGCUGGGGUCAAGGGCAAGGCCAUGAAGAAGAUGGCAGAGUCCAUUAUCAAGGUCAUUCAUCGGCGCUUUGAGAGUCAGAGCACAGAGCGCGAGUUCACCUAUCAGAAACCUCUACCCAAUGUUGAGUGGCAUUUGACAAGGGAACCCAAGGCUUUUGACCUCAUGACGCUACAUCCCAUAGAGAUGGCCCGUCAGGUGACCUUGCUAGAGUUUGACCUGUACCGUGCUGUACAACCCUCUGAGCUGAUCGGCUGUGCCUGGAUGAAAAGUGACAAGCAAGAGACAUCGCCCAAUCUCUUAAAGAUGAUAGCAUUUACCAAUAAUUUUACAUUUUGGAUGGAGAAAUGCAUUGUGUUGGCUGAGAAUAUAGAGGAGAGGGUCGCCAUUGUGUCCCGUAUUAUGGAGAUUAUGCUCAUUUUCCAAGAGUUGAACAAUUUUAAUGGUGUUUUAGAAGUAGUUAGUGCAAUAAAUUCUGCUCCAGUGUACCGACUGGAACAUACCUUUGAGGAAAUCCCUCACAGGUUUAUGAAGUCUUUCAAUGAAGCCAGGGAACUCAAUUCCGAUCACUUCAAGAAAUAUGUAGAAAAACUACGGUCCAUAAAUCCUCCAUGUGUACCCUUUCUUGGAAUGUAUCUAACAAAUAUAUUGAAAAUAGAGGAGGGCAAUCCUGAUUUUCUUCCAAAUAGGCCCGAAGGAAUAAUCAAUUUCAGUAAGCGACGGAAAGUUGCCGAGAUCACUGGGGAAAUACAGCAAUAUCAGAAUCAACCUUACUGUCUUAAGGGGGAACCUGACAUGCGGGAAUACUUUGAGAAGUUAAAUCCUAGGGAAGGCAUGUCGGAGAAAACAUUCAAUGACUAUUUAUAUAACAAGUCACUGGAGAUAGAGCCAAGGGGAGCAAAACAGGCGCCAAAAUUUCCAAGGAAGACUGAGUACAAUCUCAAAUCUCCGGGGACAAAGGCCAUGUCCACGCGACACGGGGCCUCUGUCAAAGUUUUCCCCUUCACUACCUUCAAGGACCCCGGCUACAUACAAAUCAAAGAGGAGGAAGUGGAGGCUGUAUCGCCCCACUGUACCACGCCUCCCACACCAACCACCCCUCUCACACCACCUGCCAAUGCUGGCUCAGACAGUGUGUUCGCACCGGUCGUCCUAGGCGAUGCCCUGACCAGCAGUACUUGGACCCUCAGUACUAUGACAUCAUCUGGUUCCAUGACUAGUAUCAUUCAUCCACAUACUUCGCACACGGUGCCGUCGCCACUAGUCCUUGACAAGCCCAUCAGCUUACAACCGCCACCACUGCCACCCAGAAAACGCAACAGAGACUCCACCAAUAGUGAUGUGUUCUUUACCCACAAUGCCCCUGACCCUCCUCAGAUCCCCCCUCGUGGUAACCCCCCACCCCCUGUGCCCCCAAGGAAGGACUCCAUGUUCAGUACCCUUCCUCGGUCCCACAGUGUGUCACAACAAACCCGUCACUCUUCCAGCAGUCUGCCGGCUCACAAUAACUUAAGUGCAACAUUGCCGCGGUGUAACACUGCUGACAAAGACACAAGCACGCGGCCACUGCUAGCGAGCAUGUUAAACGUGAAUGGAGACAAUACAGUGGUAAUCCCUGGCCAAUCAGUCACCCCUAAACUACCCCCAAGGACUUACCGUAUCGCACAUUCUCGGCAGAAAAGUAGUUAGGUACGCUUGGCUCAUUGGCAGUCAGGUGAAAAAAAGUCACUAGCAAAACAUUGAUUGCUGUGAGUAAGGAGAUUUUCAUCCACAUGUAAUCAAGAUGUGAACAAGUGCUAAUGACAAACCCUAGUGUGUGUAGGACUGGGUCUGUUGGGCAACCUACAAAUGUGUUCGUGACAGCAAUCCUGGAUUUAAUGGGAUAUUUUAUUCCAAAACUGUACAGUUUUGGGUGAAUAAAAGAAACUGUUUGAUAACAAUCUGUUUUAAAAUAAUUCUAUAUACACAUGGUUUCCAGUGUUGGAGCUUAAUGUCUGAACGUGUCCAUUAGUUGAGGAAGAGUUUCUUUUAAAGAGUGAAUUCUCGUAAAAUGCAUUAUUAAUUAUUAAUUAUGUUAUUUGUAACGUGUUGUCUGUCCACACCACAGACAAUCCACUGUGCCAAAAACUGUUUGAUAUGUUCAAUACUGCUUCGUGUGCUACAUCUGUUGUGUGAGUGGGCUUGGGGCCAGACAUGUUGUGUGUAAGGGGGAGAGAGGGUUAACAUAAUCAAAAAUGUCUUGUCAAUAUACAUGGGCUUACAGAGUGUGGCUUAAAACAGUUUGCCGAUGAAGUUGAUUUGUAGCUUCUCAAUGUACACAAUUGUUAUUUUGUGUGGUGAUAGCUAGUAUAUUGAUGUAUAGAAAGUGAUCAGGAUGCAUGUGAACAUGAUCUACAAGGUACAUUGUAUCAAAUAUAAUGUGUGUUACAGUGCUGUUUCGAAACCCUCGAACAUCUGGUCUCUGUUUCACAAAUUAUUUCUUUUCUUACCUUAGAUUUUUAUCAAACUACCACUAGAAAAAACAAUUUGACAAAUCUUAUUUCAGAUCCUCAUUGAUUAUCUUUGAAAUCUGUUUUUUCUACAAAAUCAAGAAUAUCUUAACAGUUCUGUUGUUGAAAUUCUUACCAAUACCAAAAUUUGAUGUGCAGGAAUCCAAAAUCAGAGGAUUGGAAAACCAAAGAAAUUAAGUAAAAAAUGCCAGUAUCGUUUUAAAAUUUUAGUUAAGAAGUCAUAUUCAAUGUAAUAUUGACAACUGGGCAUCAUAAAAAUUUAUGUUUUGUCCACUAGUGUUUGUGAUCAUGACAUACGCUGUGCAAGCUUUAUUCUGAAAGCAAGACGGUUUUAAACAGCCUCAUAAGUAGAGCAGCAUAAUGCUCUAGUAUUCAAAUCAAUUUUACUUUUAAAAAGUAUCAGCAGUAAUAUCAUGAUAGUUAUGGUGGCAUAUAUCUACAGUCAAGUCCGUUAAUGAGCCAUCAUAAAUUAUCUGAUGGAAUAGGUAUCGCAUCAGCAUAGCUUCCAUUAGAAGUUGACCAGCCCUGACCAUGUUCAAUACCUGCCACUGAUAUCGACAGAUAAAGAGAAAAGGAUAUCAUUGUGUCUUGUCAAAUUAACACAAUUUUCAUGGCAAGUCCACUUCAUGGUAGUGUUUACGGGGAAAUGUUUGUCGUAGUUGAAUGUUCAAACUUCAAGAUGAGGUUAAAUCAUGGGUGGAAAUAUCAGUCCAAGGCUUACUUCAAUAGACAGAGUAUUUCCAUGAAAGAUGAAAUUAACACUGGGUGAAUAGACUUUAUCAAUGAACGGUGAAAGUUUCACUAGACCAAACUUUCCCUGUAUACAAAAUUAAUUUAAGUACAGUAUCUGUCUCCCUGUAGUACAUGGCAUGGGGACGGGGUGCCUUUCCAAAGAGUUCAACUUAUUUUUGUUUUAUCUUUUUGAAAGGUAAUUGUUUAGUUAAAGGAUGUCUGUUUUUUUAGAAGGUACACAAGAAUGAGUGCAUCUGUUACCCUUGUGUAGUUAUUUAUCAUAUUUCUACUUCUACUUCUAAAUGGUACUGACCAACUUCAACAAUUUGAAGAUAAAAUGUCAGACGAGGAGUGAAACAUGGAAAGAGAUUGUUUUUAAAAGAUAUGAGAUGGUCUAAUUUGGGUUUGAAAAGUGUCGGUAGAGGGCUGAUUUGAAUAAUUCCGUUGUGGGGCUCGAAAUAAAAUUAAAAGGUUGUUAAGGGGAGAUGACUCUUUGAAGCAAUUGUCAUGAUUUUCUUGGAGCAAAGUUGCUGUCAGAUUAUGAAAUGAAAAUCAAUAAUUGUCAAUAAGACCAUAUCCAAGGUAACCGAUCAAAUUUGAAAAUAUCUGUAAAAUAAAAUAACUUACAGAUAUCGACUCCUUUCAGAAUUACACUAUCAAACAAUAGGACCAUCCAUCUUUACACAGUCGCUAUAAGUGCUUGUACUAGCCUUUUUGAACGUUUGGUUCCAAACAAUUCCAGAAUUGUAUUGAUAUUAAAUAGGAAUAUAAAACAUAUCUUUAAAUCAAUAUUCUUGGUCCUCUGCUCUCUGUUUUACUCAAUUUGAGGAGGGGAUGGUGUCAAUGCAUGUUUCAAUUUGAUAAGCUGAUGGUGUAAUCCCUGAACAAAAUUACAAAAUUAAGCAGUCCAGUAUACACAUGCUUAAUCUUUGCAUAUCAGAGAACGAUGACCAUCAAUGCAGGUAUGUGAGGCUCAGAGAGAGAGAAUGAGCGAUUGGGAGAGAGUUCUAACAUGUACAAAGAUAUGGCCGUGCUAUUUUCUUCGAAAAAUUCUGUGUUUCUUGUGUAUGUUGUGUGUUCAUGACUACAACAGUUGGUAUAACAAGAGGACCUAUUUUAUGUUGUGUUCCAUCACAGGCACUAGCACUGUGCUCAUCAAACAGAAAGUCCCCAUGCCUAUGGUUCUUUUCAUUCAGCUCCAGAGCUUUGACCUUUGAACACAGGGACCAAACACUUUGAUAUAAAGACAAUUCUCAUUAGAAUAAAUAAUACGGAACUAUAAACUGUUUCUAUGGCCAUCAUUUCAAUGUUUAGUCCCUGUGAAUUUGUUGAUAAAUAUAUGAAUUAAGAUCAUGAUUCAGUAGGCUGUUCGAUUGAUGAUGGGAACAUGAAAUACUAUAUGAAAUAUAAAGUUGAAUAUCCUGGUGAUUAAAAUAUUGACAUGUUCCUGAAUAGCCACUUGUGUUGCAGUUAAUUUUAUCCUAGAUAUAUAAUUAUGAUACCAUUAUAGCCAGUUUAUCUAAUUACUAAACGUUAAUGAGGUUAGUUACUGCAUACACAACAAGCAUGAAUAUAUAGUAUUUUCAGCUGUUGCCUUUCAUAAGUCAGAUCUCGGCUCAGAAAAUUAGAACAAGCAAAUUUUUUAAAUACACACAAGCAGGGAAUUUCAUAUUGUUACUCCACAGUUCUUUCAUAGCCCUUGUGUAAAAAGAUCAAUCAUCAGUCUAAAAGCCUUAAAAUAAGUAUAGUUGUGUGACAUGGAAAGUUCGGUGACUAUUUUGUAAUAAAAUUGACAGCUGGUUUAGAGAAAGCUUUAAAAAAAGUUGAAACAGGACACUCGACAGCACUGGUAACAUUGAUAGACGUCCUAACCAAAGUAGUACCUAUGUACUGUAAAUAGUUGGUCUUUGACACAGAACACAUCUAAAGGGUAACGGAUCAUGUGUGUAUUGAAAACUUUGAGGUACUGAACAUUUUGUAACCUAUCUGGUUAUCAAAUAAAUUUGUAUUGCUAACGUUGGGGUCUAUGGUUAGCAAGUACAUGUAAUAGGAAUAAUCUGUUGUCUAUGGUUACCAGGUACAUGUGUAAAGAAAACUUCUUUGUCUUUAGUUACCGAGAAUAUUUGCACUGAAAAUAUUGUGGGUCUAUGGUUUUAUACCAAGUAUAGAGGUGUACUGAACACUUUGGGUUUAUGGUUACUGGGAAUGAGUGUACCGAAAGUUUUUGGGGCCCAGAGUUACCGAGAGCAUGUGAACUGAAGACUUCACUGUCUAUGGAUCGAUGUACUAUGUACUGAAGACCUUUGACAUGUGUGGGCAAGUAUGCCUUAUUACCAACAACAGUUGCGCUCGAAUGUGGAAUCUCAGGGUGAGGGAAUGUGUUGUUGAGGUGCAGGGAUAUCUCAGGUGAUAUGGGCAAGGUUUAUCGGGGACUGAAAGCAAUAGUCUAAUAUGUGCAGGGAUGUUAUCUGGUUCUAACAUGUCACAAAUAGUUGUAAUUAUAUCUGUGUGUAGUGUCUUUUGUGUGUCUCUGUGUGUCUGUGUGUCGCUGUGCUGCUGUAAGGCAACAUCAACUUAUAUCACAUGGGUGUGUAUGUGUUUUAGGUUGUUGGCAGUCCUGUAUCACCCGUAUACCAAAUAACUGUUACUGACAUAUGCUGAAGUCGACUGUGUUCCGACAUUCGAUUGAUUUUAAAUUGCAAAAGUAAAAGUGAUUUUUUUCUAUGUAAAUCAGGCAAUACAUAUAUUUUGGAUCAUGAAAUUAUACAGAAACUUUGACCAUUUGAACUUGGAACAGAUGGACAUAGCAGUUUCUUUUGAUUAAUGUAUGAUAAUGUUGAUAACUUAUGUAUACAUUUUUUACAGUGGCGGAUUGUAACGUACUAAUUUACAUAGGAAUUUGCAUACAUCAGUUGGAAUUUCAGAAGAUUUGCGAUGUCCUCUGCAAAUCUUCAAUACAUAAAUAGAAGUUGUCAGAUUUAUAACACAAAUAUUUUUGUUAUUUUCAGUUUUAUAACCCUCCUGCCCUGGAUUCGAGCAAAAGUUAAAAAAACAAAAACAGUGAUCAUUUUCAAAUUUCAUACUUCGAUCAAUCCUUUUACUUCAGAAAUUCUUUUGUUUACGAGCAUAUUUUAUUAUUCAGUUGUCAUAAACAGGUAAAUAGUACUUAAAAUGCACAAGAAAUAAAGUACUGUUGGGAUAUCAGGACAGAUGUACAAGAAAAACAGUAUUUCUCCAAUUUCCAUGUCUGUAAAAAAAA